UAACUAGCAUCGAUUAUGCCGCAACACAUAAUGCCACAACAUUUAGUAACAGUCAAACAAGCGGGUAUCACGCCACAAUGCCCAGUAACGAUCACACAGUGCCAGUUGGCCUUAGUAAUUAUACAGCAACAAAUGGUGUAGUUACCUCUUCCAACAAUUACACAACAUUAGUGACUAGGUCUCCAACUACGGCAUCUCGAAAUAUGACCACUGCAUUCAACACUAGCACUGAACCUACCCGAGAGCCACCACUGAAUACUGUUGUUACCUCGAACGCAACAAACUCAACUGUGGAAACCAUCAUUUCUAAUUCCACCCAGGCUUCACAAAUAAACACCAGCUCUGUGAUAGAGACCAGCUACAUUAAAACAACCAAAGGACCAAUCAUCUCCUCAACAACAGACAAUGCAAUCCCUGAUUUUGGUACAAUUGCAGCUACUACAACACAUGAUGCAGCCAACAAAAACCUAUCUACUACUACCACGUCUAAAAUUUCAACCACAAAAGCUUUUCAAUCUACCGGCCUCACCACUUCAACCUCUACGCUGGCCAGUACUGGAACAACUUCAGCAACGCUUUUCCAGACAACUGCAAGCCAACAAAAUGAGGAAAAAGCAAAUCAGCUAUGGAAUGAAACACAAAAUGCGUCACAGCUUAACGCUUCUCAGAUGUCCCAACUGGUGGAUGAAAUGGAAAAUCUCCUGGAUGACUCCACUGUCUCUGAGUCAGUGGGACAAAUGAUCAUCAACAUUGUCAGCAAACUCAUGGACAGUAACUCAUCUGCUCUUUCUGGAUCGGCUAAUAGGCUGAUCCGAUUGGUGGAAAAGUUGGGUUUUAAGUUGCACGUUGGUGGUGACAGCAAGGUCCUCAACUCAACUUCACUGGUUCUAGCAGUCAGGACAGUGGAUGGGACAAACUUUCAACAAACCUCUAUGCACAUUUAUAACACUCACAAUGUACAGCUAAAUGGUCCUGAUGGAUCUCGGCUCUUGUUGGAUCUCAGGUCAAAAGGUCAGCCUUUGGGCUCGGUGAACCUACCCUCCUCUCUUACGAAUGGUCUUAGUCCUCAAGAGAAGAAACGUGCCUGCAGAGUUCAUUUCACUUUCUAUACUAAAAACACACUGUUCCAGGAUGCAUCUUUAGACAACCAAACCUUUGUCAGUCCAGUGCUGGGCUCCAGUGUGGCCAACCUGUCAAUCAGCCAUCUGAGCGAAAAGAUUGAGUUUACCAUCACCAACAUGAAGCCCAUACAUGCAACUAAUAUGUCCUGUGUGUUUUGGGAUUUCAAGCUGAAUGGUGGUGGAGGAGGCUGGAGUUCUGAUGGCUGCUCCGUUGUCAAUUUCACUUCUGAUCACACAACCUGCAACUGCGACCAUCUGACAUCGUUUGCGAUACUGCUGGAUUUAUCCAGGCAAGGACUAACUGACCCUAAGCAGGCACAGAUCCUAACUUUCAUCACCUACAUUGGCUGUGGAAUUUCUUCUAUUUUUCUAGCUGUCACCAUAGCGACACAUCUGCUUUUUAGAAAACUGAUGCGGGAUAUCCCUUCCAAAAUCCUGGUUCAGCUCUGUCUGGCCCUCCUUUUACUGAACCUAGUCUUCCUCUUGGAUAGCUGGCUAUCCAUGUACAAAGCUGUAGGUCUGUGCAUCAGCACAGCCUUCUUCCUGCACUACUUCCUUCUGAGCUCAUUCACCUGGGUGGGGCUUGAGGCAUUGCACAUGUACCUGAGCAUCGUACAAGUGUUCACCCCCUACCUGAGCAGUUACAUGCUGAAGUUCUCACUCAUGGGCUGGGGCAUCCCUCUUAUUGUGGUGAUUAUUGUCAUUGCGGUAGACAAAGACAACUACGGUCUGGUUACUUAUGGAAAGUACACAGAUGGAAGCACAGAUGACUUCUGUUGGCUGCGUAAUAACAUCUCCUUCUACGUGGGCGUGGUCACCUACUUCCUCCUGAUCUUCAUUCUGUGCCUGAUAGUCUUCAUCACGGUGAUGGUCCAGCUGAACCGGAUCAAGAAGCAAAACCCACACAACCAGUCUCCCAACAGGGGGGCGAUGACGGACCUACGCAGCAUCUUGGGCCUCGUCAUCCUGCUCGGACUCACCUGGGGGUUUGCUCUGUUCGCCUGGGGGGACCUCUACCUGCCCUUUGUUUACCUUUUCUCCAUAUUUAAUUCUCUGCAAGGUUUCUUUGUGUUUGUGUUCCACUGUGCUGUGAAGGAAAGCGUCCGCAGGCAGUGGAGAACGCAUCUCUGCUGUGGAAAACUGCGACUGGCUGAAAACUCAGACUGGAGUCGAACGGCUACUCAAAACAUUAAGAAUGCCAUCGCCUCGGCGCCCCACUUCUCCGCCUGUAGCCUCUCUCCUGACCACAGCAGGACCAACAGCCGCGGUUCUGGAUUUUGGGACAGCGGAAUAUCUGACCGCUCCAACAAUAACAUCUCUUUCAACGGGAGUCACAGGCAACAUCUGUCUCGAUGAGUUUCGUGAUCCAGCACUUGUAAUUUCCUGAGAGAAGAUCAUAGAUGCAUCUAGAAAUAACUUAUUGUUGCUCAGUAAGGAGGUUUUCAAAUGUAAAGAAACAAGUUUUCAAAGUAGAGCUUGACUGACGUUCCUAAAAAUAUCUGUCCUGUGAACAUUUUUUCAUAAAGGAUGCAUAUUUAUAAGGACAGAAAAAUUAUUUCACUGUUUUAGCAGCUUUUAACAUCAUACAUGUGUUUUUAAAAGCUAUUACAAGUAAAGGCAAUUAUUUCAGGUAUUAUCUAUAAAGAAAGGACAAAAAUCUGGAUUUAAAUGGAACGUAAAGCUUUGUAAGAGCGUUUAUUUACAGUAUUGUGAUUUUUUUAACAAGGUGCAUUAGUUUUACUACCAUGAAAAAACUAACAAGAAGCUAAUAUUGAUAAAAAGAGCUGAACUGAACCCUAUAUGUGCUCCUAAAUCUGAAGAUGUUCGAGGGUUCUGGGUGGGAUUUUACUCAAUAAAUUAGGUGUUAUCUUUGGCCAUUCCUGUAGCAGAGCCCAACAGAAAUACUCAAAACUUCCUGCUGUCCUUCACAAUAAGAGUCUCAUCUAUGAACUGAAGCUUAUGUGUUCACAAUCAUUCACCAGUAAAACCCAGAUAGUUCCUGGGCUUUUUCAUUGUUGAAAUGGUUUAUAGAAACUUUGUCUUUGGUGGUAUUUUAUUUUAUCUUUGCACGAUCCAUAUAUGCUGAUGUAGUUUUGAUGUACGUACUUUUGAUAAAUAUACGUAAAACAGAUAAUAUUUUAACAUGUACACAAGUAGCCGGAUAACCCUGAAAACAGAUUUUUUUAAGGUUUGUGUCUUCCACACAGUGAAGAUAAAUAAUAAACACUGAGCAAAGUGGAGAU